AUGAUCGGACCCCGGCCGAAGGGAGGGAGCAGCACCCGGAUGACCCUCCGCUCCCUGUUAUGGCUCUUUUUGUUCCUCAAGAAUGCAGCACCUUUCCAAGUUACUGUCCGAGACGACAACUGCAUUGUAGUGUCGUUGGAGGAGUCUGAUGUAGUGAGCUCGUCCUUUGUGUACGUUGUGAAGAUAACUGGUGAAUCCAAGAACUACUUUUUCCAGUUUGAAGAAUUCAACAGCACUUUACCUUCCCCGGUGGUUUUUAAUGCCAGUUAUCAUGGCCUUUAUUACAUAGUGACUCUGAUGGUGGUGAAUUCCAACAUGGUUUCCAAACCAGUGAGAUCGAUCACCGUGUUAACCAAACCUCUUCCCAUAAGCAGCGUUUCUAUCUAUGACUACAAACCAUCUCCAGAAACGGGAGUGUUGUUUGAAAUUCAGUAUCCAGAGAAGUACAAUGUUUUCACCAGAGUAAACAUAAGCUAUUGGGAAGGCAAAGACUAUAGAACAAUGUUAUACAAAGAUUUCUUUAAAGGUAAAACAGUUUUCAAUCACUGGCUGCCAGGAAUAUGCUACAGCAACAUCACAUUUCAGUUGGUGUCGGAAGCAACAUUCAACAAAAGCACGCUAGUGGAAUAUAGCGGUGUCAGGCAUGAACCCAAACAGCACAGAACAGUUCCCUACCCUCCUCGAAAUAUUUCUGUCCAGAUUGUACAUAUGAACAAGAAUAACUGGGAGGAACACAGUGGGAAUUUCCCAGAAGAAUCAUUCAUGGGACCACAGGAUGUAAUAGGGCAAGAUAAACUUACCCAUUUUUCUAAUGACCCCACUGAAAUUCCCUCAGCAAACACCUCUUACGCAUGGCCUGAUUACCACUAUAACAGCACUGAUUACACAACUACAUCCCAACCAUACUGGUGGACUAAUGAAGCUGAUUCGUCAGAAAGUGAAGAUGAGUUUGUCAAUGUAGUUCCCAGUGAAUAUGAGAACACCAGUACAGCCAGCAUGUCAGGGAAACUUACACCAGAAACUCCAUCUUUCCUCCCUGUGCAAAUGGUGCUAAGCUGGUUGCCACCAAAACCACCCACGGCAUUUGAUGGAUUUCAUAUUAACAUUGAAAGAGAAGAGAACUCCACAGAAUUUUUGACGGUAGGUGAGGAUACUCACGAAUUUAUUGCUGAACUGAAAGAACCGGGGAAAUAUAAGUUAUCUGUGACAACCUUUAGUUCCUCUGGAUCUUGUGAAAUUCGGAGAAGUCAAUCAGCCAAAACGCUUAGUUUUUAUAUCAGUCCGACAGGGGAAUGGAUUGAAGAACUGACAGAAAAGCCCCAGCACGUGAGUGUGACUGUGCUAAGUUCUACCACUGCCUUAAUGUCCUGGACGUCUUCACGGAACAGCAGCAGCAACAACACGAUAGUGUCUGUUGUGUCACUGACCUGCCAGAAGCAAAAGGAGAAUCAAAGACUUGAAAAGCAUUAUUGCACUGAGGUGAAUUCAAGCAACAGCAUCAUUGAAAAUCUUGUUCCCGGUGCCCAGUACCAGGUUGUGAUUUAUUUACGUAAAGGCCCAUUGGUUGGACCUCCUUCUGAUCCUGUUACAUUUGCCAUUGUACCCACUGGAAUAAAGGAUUUGAUGCUUUACCCUUUGGGACCUACAGCUGUGAUUCUCAGUUGGAACAGGCCUUACCUUGGGGUGUUCAGGAAAUAUGUUGUAGAAAUGUUUUACUUCAACCCAUCAACGAUGACCUCUGAGUGGACGACCUACUAUGAAAUUGCAGCUGCUGUCUCCUUAACUGCAUCAGUGAAAAUAGCCAAUCUAUUGCCCGCUUGGUAUUACAACUUUCGGGUUACCAUGGUGACUUGGGGAGACCCAGAAUUGAGCUGCUGUGACAGUUCUACCAUCAGCUACAUAACAGCCCCAGUGUCACCAGAGAUCACCUCAGUAGAAUAUUUCAACAAUCUGCUGUAUGUCAGUUGGACAUAUGGAGAUGAUGGGACCAACCUGUCUCAUUCCAGGAUGCUGCACUGGAUGGUCAUUGCUGAAGGCAAGAAAAAAAUCAAAAAGAGCGUGACACGGAAUGUGAUGACUGCAGUUCUGAGCCUGCCUCCGGGAGACAUCUACAACCUUUCAGUGACUGCUUGUACUGAGAGAGGCAGCAACACCUCCACACCACAGAUUGUGAAACUGGAACCAGCUCCUCCAAAAUCACUGUUUGCUGUGAACAAGACCCAGACUUCAGUGACUCUGCUAUGGGUGGAGGAAGGAGUGGCUGAUUUCUUUGAAGUCUUCUGCCAGCAGACUGGCUCUGGCCAAGAAACAAAGUUGCAGGAACCUGUUACUGUUUCUUCACAUGUAGUGACUAUCUCCAGCCUACUGCCUGCCACGUCCUACAAUUGCAGCGUGACUACCUUCAGCCACAACAGCCCUAGCGUUCCCACCUUUAUAGCUGUCUCUACCAUGGUUACUGAGAUGAAUCCCAACAUAGUGGUGAUCUCUGUGUUAGCCAUCCUGAGCAUUCUCCUGAUUGGACUGUUGCUUGUGACUCUUGUUGUACUCAGGCGGAAACAUCUGCAAAUGGCCAGGGAGUGUGGGGCUGGAACCUUUGUCAAUUUUGCUUCAUUGGAGAGAGAUGGAAAACUUCCAUAUAACUGGCGUAGAAGUGUAUUUGCUUUCCUAACUCUGCUACCCUCAUGCCUCUGGACUGAUUAUCUUUUGGCAUUUUAUAUUAAUCCUUGGAGUAAAAAUGGAUUAAAGAAGAGGAAGCUGACCAACCCUGUGCAGUUGGAUGACUUCGAUGGCUACAUCAAGGAUAUGGCCAAAGAUUCAGAUUAUAAAUUUUCUCUGCAAUUUGAGGAGCUAAAACUGAUUGGGCUUGACAUACCCCAUUUUGCUGCUGACCUUCCCAUGAAUCGAUGUAAAAAUCGCUAUACAAAUAUCCUGCCAUAUGACUUUAGCCGUGUCAGAUUAAUUUCGAUGAAUGAAGAAGAAGGUUCAGACUACAUUAAUGCCAACUAUAUUCCUGGCUACAACUCACCACAGGAAUACAUUGCAACCCAGGGGCCAUUGCCAGAGACAAGGAAUGAUUUUUGGAAGAUGGUUCUCCAGCAAAAAUCACAAAUCAUUGUUAUGCUCACUCAGUGUAAUGAAAAAAGAAGGGUGAAAUGUGAUCAUUACUGGCCUUUUACAGAAGAGCCUGUUGCUUAUGGGGACAUCACAGUGGAGAUGCUUUCUGAGGAGGAGCAAACGGACUGGUCUUAUAGGAACUUCAGAAUCAGCUAUGCUGAUGAGGUGCAAGAUGUAAUGCAUUUUAACUACACUGCCUGGCCUGAUCAUGGUGUCCCCACUACAAAUGCUGCAGAGAGCAUCUUGCAGUUUGUACAGAUGGUCAGACAGCAGUCAACAAAGAGUAAAGGCCCCAUGGUCAUACACUGCAGUGCUGGCGUGGGACGGACAGGAACAUUUAUAGCAUUGGAUCGGCUCUUACAGCACAUUCGUGAUCAUGAGUUUGUAGAUAUAUUAGGGCUGGUGUCUGACAUGCGGUCUUAUAGGAUGUCCAUGGUACAGACAGAGGAACAAUACAUUUUUAUUCACCAGUGUGUGCAAUUGAUGUGGCUAAAGAAGAAACAGCAAUUCUGCAUCAGUGAUGUCAUAUAUGAGAAUGUCAGCAAGUCCUAG